AUGUUUUAUGUGCCAGGAUCACCUAUGAACGAGGACGAAGUGUCCUAUCACACGGCCAACCAGGACAUAGACGAAGAUAUGCACAGCCAUUCUACUGGCAGAGACUCCGCUGAUAUGGAUGAGGAUGAAGAGGCCACCGGACAACGUGGUGAUACUGAUGAAGUCGGGGAGAACGAGCCUGUUGUUCAGCUCAAUGGCGAGGAAGAUUCGGAUGACGAAGCUGAUGAGGAUGCAAGCUCAGAAUUAGAGGACGAGCGCAGCGAAUUUGGUUACGGAGAUUUGGAGGAGCACGUAAUAGAGGGGGAGGACGACGAUGAAGACAAUAGUGAUGAUGAUAGCGAGAUUGAUCUUGGUGCUGAGGAUGGAGAAGGUGCUGCAGAUAAUGAGGAGGACUAUGAUGACUAUGGAGAGUAUUUCGUGGCUGCGAGCAAUUUGGCAGGCCUUGUAAUGCCUGGCGCGACGCCUGCAAGGCCUGUGGCCAUAUUUAGAAGCCUACGCCAGGCUUACGGCAUCUGCCGAGGCCUUUACUACUUGGAGUUGGCGAGUUGGACGGCUGCGAACGUGCAAGCUAGUAAUAGUUACAGCAACUUGAAGGAGAGCCUGUGCAUACUCACAUUAGAAAGUAACUAUUAUGGGUAUGAGCUGAUCAGAUUCGCACUAGCCCAAAGAACAUUUUUCGGGGGUUGGCCAAAUUUUGACCAGUCGAAAAGUUGGACCUUGCCUGAGAGAGAUUGGCUCGUGCAAAUCACUUCGUAA